AUGGCUGAGCACCGCCAGCAAGACCCGCAGCAGCAGCAACGCCCUGGCGGCGAUGCCAGGGGGCUCCUCCAGGAAAAAGGUCCUUCCAAGCAACAAAUUCUGGCAGUUGUCGCUGGAGUCCCCAUCGGGGGCUUCUUCCUCGUCCUCUCCGGGCUGAUUCUCACCGGGACACUAAUCGGUUUGGCUCUGACCACGCCACUCUUUGUUAUCUGUAGCCCAGUUCUGGUCCCUGCCGCCCUCACCAUCGCGUUAGCCGUUGCUGGGUUCCUGACGUCUGGUGCGUUUGGGAUCACAGCUUUGUCUUCUCUCUCCUGGAUCAUCAACUUCCUCCGCCAGUCGGGCCGCAUGCCGGAGCAGCUGGAGCAAGCCAAGCGUCGUGUGCAGGAGACGACAGGUCAGGUAGGCCAGAAGGCGAGGGAAGCCGGCCAGAAGGCCCAGGAACAAACAAGGACAUAGAGUAGUGAGAUUGUGGGCCUCAGCACGGCUCAUAUGAGGUGCUAUAUGGUCUUAUGACUCUUAUCUCUAUGCAUGUUGAGAAAUGGGUUUGGUUCUGUCCUUUAUGGUUUUGCUUUGUUAAUGUAUAGUUGGUCUGCAGUGGGGUUUAUUAGACUUGUACUUAAGUUUCUGUUUAUGGUGGGGUUUAUAAACAUGCAAGAGAUGUAUGUAAUAAAGUGGGUGGUGUGAGUGGUAAGGUACCACCACAUAGUAGUGAUCUUGUAUGUCUAUUUUGGGGUACUUUAUUAUUUUGUGUUUGGCUUUUCAUUUAAACUUUCUGAUGUUUCUUUUUACAAUUUAUUUGGGUUUUUAAUUGACUCCCUAAUGUUUCUUAAACCAAAGAAAUAUACCUCUUUCAUACA